AUGCAGAAGGAAAUGAAGAUGAUCAAAGAUGAGGAUGUGCAUUUCAAUCUGGGUGUGAAGAGAGCCCCCUCCUUUCCCCACUGCCUGCAGCCAGUGGUUUCCCGAGGGAAGGCUCCCCAAAGACACCCCUUCCCAGAAGCUCUCCGGGGGCCUUUUUCCCAAUUUCGAUAUGAACCUCCUCCAGGACACCUAGAUGGAUUCCCGGGGGUCUUUGAAGGAGGAGGGUCUCGAAAACGGAAGAGCAUGCCCACCAAGAUGCCCUACAGCCACCCUGCGGAAGAGGCCCCUCUCGCCCUCCACUCCGAGGAGAGCAAAAACCACGGCCCUCCGAACCUCUCCCUGCUCUUCCCGCAGCCCCCGCGCCCCAAGUAUGACUCGCAAAUGAUCGACCUGUGCAACGUGGGCUUCCAGUUCUACCGCACCCUGGAACACUUGGGGGGCAAGCCGGUCAAGCAGGAGCCCGUGAAGCCCAGCGCCGUGUGGCCCCAGCCGACGCCCCCUCCGUUUCUGCCCGCGCCCUACCCCUACUACCCCAAGGUCCCCCCGGGCCUCAUGUUCCCCUUCUUCAUGCCCUCGGCCUCCCCCUUCCCCUUCAGCCGGCACACCUUCCUGCCCAAGCAGCCCCCGGAAGCGCUGCUGCCGCGCAAGGCCGAGCCUCAGGAGAGCGAGGAGGCCAAGCAGAAGGUGGAGCGGGUGGACGUGAACGUGCGCAUCGACGACAGUUACUACGUGGACGUGGGCGGGGCGCAGAAGCGCUGGCAGUGCCCCACCUGCGAGAAGUCCUACACCUCCAAGUACAACCUGGUGACCCACAUCCUGGGCCACAGCGGGAUCAAGCCGCACGCGUGCACCCGCUGCGGGAAGCUCUUCAAGCAGCUCAGCCACCUGCACACCCACAUGCUCACCCACCAGGGCACACGGCCCCACAAGUGCCAGGUGUGCCACAAGGCCUUCACGCAGACCAGCCACCUGAAGCGCCACAUGAUGCAGCACAGCGAGGUGAAGCCGCACAACUGCCGCGUGUGCGGCCGGGGCUUUGCCUACCCCAGCGAGCUCAAGGCCCACGAGGCCAAGCACGCCAGCGGGCGCGAGAACAUCUGUGUGGAGUGCGGCCUCGACUUCCCCACCUUGGCCCAGCUCAAGAGGCACCUCACCACUCACCGGGGCCCCAUCCAGUACAGCUGCUCCGAGUGCGACAAGACCUUCCAGUACCCGAGCCAGCUGCAGAACCACAUGAUGAAGCACAAGGACAUCCGGCCCUACAUCUGCUCCGAGUGCGGCAUGGAGUUCGUGCAGCCCCACCACCUCAAGCAGCACUCCCUCACCCACAAGGGUGUGAAGGAACACAAAUGUGGGAUUUGCGGGCGGGAGUUCACUCUGUUGGCCAACAUGAAGAGACACGUGCUGAUUCAUACCAACAUCCGCGCCUACCAGUGUCACCUGUGCUACAAGAGUUUUGUGCAGAAACAGACCCUCAAGGCACACAUGAUCGUUCAUUCUGACGUGAAGCCUUUCAAAUGCAAGCUGUGUGGGAAGGAAUUCAACCGGAUGCACAACCUAAUGGGCCACAUGCACCUGCACUCCGACAGCAAACCCUUCAAGUGUCUCUACUGCCCAAGCAAAUUCACCCUAAAGGGGAACCUGACACGCCACAUGAAAGUCAAGCAUGGAGUCAUGGAGCGGGGCCUCCAUUCUCAAGGUUUUGGAAGGGGGCGAAUCGCCCUGGCGCAGACAGCAGGAGUGCUGAGGGGUCUGGAGCAGGAAGAGCCCUUUGACCUUUCCCAGAAGCGUGGAGUGAAGGGGCCGGCAUUCCAGUCAGAUGGGGAGAGUGCCCGGGGCAGCUCCUGCCAUGAGGAAGAGGAGGAGGACAAUAGCUAUGAAGUGGGUGGAGACAGCCCCAGCCUGGACCCCCAACCCAGGCAGCCCUGCACCCCCCAGGAUCUCACCACCCAGCCCGAGCAGGCUCCCAGGGUGCUUGAGGACACCUGUGAGGAGGAAAAGGAGGACAAGCCAAACAGAGAGCACCAGGAGAGGAGCAAGGACAGCCUGGGGGCAGAGGGCAGCCUGGAGAGAGAAUCUGCCCACAAGGAAGAGUGUCUCCGUCUCAGGGCUCUGCAGAGUGCUCGGAGGGGCCCCUCCUUUUCUGAUUACCUGUACUUCAAGCACAGAGAUGAGAGUUUAAAGGAAUUACUGGAGAGGAAAAUGGAAAAACAAGCAGUGCUUUUAGGUAUCUAA